CUAAGGGGAGUGCUAAGAAUGGUAUUUGGCACCCUGUCUCUGUCUUACUGGUCUAAAUCAUUCGACCUGAGAGCGCGUGAGCGCAACUACACAGCCUACGCUACUGUUGCGUCCAGCUUUCCUCCCCAUUCACCUAUACUCAGAUGUACACGUUCAUUCUAGUGAUGGCGCCGAUGCUGUAACAAAGUGGCAUUUUAAAAAAUCGAUUAUUUCUAGCAGGAAAUGUUGCACACAGGAAAAGUGCUUACAAUUGAUUUCUAGUAUUUUUUUGGCUGCCAACGUCAGGAUGGGAUCCCACGCAAAAUCAGCGAAUAAGAAGGCCAAGGAAUCUAUCAACUGCCUCAAAUCAAACUUUUCAUAUUGUUUAGUCGGGCUGUUAAUUGUCUUUUGUAUCAUGCUGUCGGUGUGUUCUAUGGCGUUUUGUUUUUUGGUCAACUUCAAGACAUCUUACCUGGAGUACAGAGUGCAUACAUUGGAGAUGGAGAGAAUGUUCCUGAUCCAUCCCGAUGCAUCCGCGCAGGAUGAGAAUGGAACAGUACCUGGUCUCCAGGAUAUCAUUGAAAAAAUUGUGCAAGAGAGACUGACCAUAGCACUGCCCAGACUUCGCACUGCCAGGGAGGUCAUUCAAGAGUGCUCCUGUCCUCCAGGGCCUCCAGGAAAACGAGGAAGGCUGGGAAGACAAGGCGACGCUGGAUCUCCAGGCCCACUUGGGAUGGAUGGGAAGCCUGGUGCUCCUGGUCCCAUGGGAAGCCAGGGUCCACCUGGUCGAGAUGGAAGUGAUGGAUUAGAGGGACAAAUGGGUCCUCCUGGACGACAGGGUGAGGAUGGACAGCACGGCAUGCUUGGACCACAGGGGCCUCCAGGGCUAAAGGGGGAACCGGGGCAUGCUGGCGACCAGGGCAGGAGUGGCCUUGAUGGACUACCAGGGAUGAAGGGGGAGAAGGGGGACACAGGAGACACAGGGCCUCAGGGGGACACGGGCUUACCCGGAGAUAAGGCUGUUCUUGACUCCUAUGACAUCGGCCUUGGCCAUGUUUUUCAGGGCCCCCCAGGGCCACCAGGGCCAUCAGGAGGACAAGGGCCAAAGGGAGAAUCAGGCUCACAUGGUGCACCUGGAGCUGAUGGGGAUAGGGGAGCCAAAGGGGAGAGAGGUGAUGACGGGAUGCCUGGAGUGGCAGGGGAAAAGGGAGAGAGAGAUCUGACGGGCCUAACUGGGCUUGUGGGAGCUGACAGCAAAAAAGGAGCAAGAGGAGAUUCAAGGUUUGAGGACAAUCUGGCCCAGAUCAUCUCUAUCGCAGGCCCUCCAGGGCCCCCCGGACCUCCUGGGCUCCAAGGAUUCAUGGGACAUCAUGGAAUGCCUGGCCCCAAGGGGGAACCAGGUGACAUAGUGAGCGGAGAAAAGGGGGAUGCAGGUGACAGAGGACCUCCUGGGUUAAGGGGUAUUCAGGGUCUUCCAGGUUCUACAGGAUUGGUUGGUCUCCCUGGCACCACAGGGAGAAAGGGAGAGCAAGGAUUGCCGGGAUUGGAUGGUUUCCCCGGGCUGAUGGGAGAAAAGGGGGACGGAGGGGACCGAGGAGAUAAGGGUGACAGGGGGAUGCUUGGAAAGAAGGGACUGAAGGGACAGAAGGGCGAGGAGGGCCCCCCUGGACUGGACCAGCCCUGUCCUGUGGGUCGGGAUGGAUUGCCCAUACCAGGGUGUUCGCAAAAGUGAUGAGUUACCUGGUACAUGGGAUCUGUACAUAUCGAUAUAUAUUUUUCAACUAAAAUUCAAGUGUAGUUUUUUUGUCGUUGUCAAUUCCUAUUUAAUAUGUUGAGGUUUUCAUAUUGGAAUUUGGAUUGUGCGUCUAUCACAAUCAAUAUUUUUUACUUUUUGCAUAUGAAAAGAAAACAUGUUUUUUUAAGGUUUAGAGAUUAGGUAGAGGAAAGAUCUAGUGCACACAAAGAAGGAGACUGGUUACAAAUGGAAAGGAGCAGCAAAUGCACUCAGCUCCAGAUGGAAAAAUGUUGCUGCUUACAGUGUAUCUAAUCGGGGAACCUGAAAUACAGUAUUAACCUGAAAUACAGUAUGAUUGACUGUCUAACAGACUCACUAGUGUUCCCACAUGGAGAUCCAGCAUUGGAGUGUGCAACUCAGCCUCCACCUUGCAAAUGUUUCUACCCCAUCACUCCUGUGAUUGUUGUUUGCUUUGAAAGGACCAACCGUCACGGCAUGGACCCAAUGCCAUGCGCCUAUCCCAACCUUAGGAAAGGUACAGAUGUAGGGUCUUAAUUUGAUCCAGUUUGCUACAGCAGGAAAAUAAUCCUGCAGCAACAGGACAUGUGAAUUUUUAUGUGGAUUAUAAUUACUUUACAUUUUUUUGUAGGGAUUGAUAAACAUUUUGUUAUGGCAAAUCAAGUUUGACAUUUUUAAGUGGAAAUUACAAACUUUAGGAGCUUUUUUAAACCUUUAAAUACAUUACAAUUUUGCAUGUCCUGCCGCGCAGGAAAAUUCUCAGCCACAAAGGAGUGAUCAAAUUAAGAUCCUUCAUCUGUAUGGGGAAGCACAGAUGAUGGCCCUCACCAUGGAAUCUUUGUUUGCAAUAAUGUUCCUAAAUGUGCUUAAUGUUUAGAUCAUUUUCGGUCUAAAACGUUUUAGGAUGUUUAUGAUGGUUUCAAAGUUUUUACCUAUUGUUGCAUCAAAUGCUUUUUUUCAUUCCUCUGAGUGCUCUAACCAUGCUAUGUGGAAUUAAUUGACACAGAACACUGUACAACUUUUUGAAUUAGGCCUAACAUGGAAAAUGUAUGAUAACAAUCCUAAAAAUGUUUUGAAGACUUUUUACAUCUGACAUCAAGGGAAACAAAAACAUCUACCUGUCAAACCUACCUGUUUGGCUGAUUGGGUUAAAUGUUUGUUCUAGGAACAUGCCGUUUUUAAUUAAGUUGUCUGUCAUAUUAAAUACUAUUUCAAAUGCAAAUUGUUGUAUUCUUAAUUAUGAAGUUAAAGUUGCAUUGUACUUUAUUAUGUUGGUGGCCUACUUUUUUCAUUUUUCUUCAUUUUGUAAAUGCUGUCGGUUGGUGUCGGUUCUGUCCAUUGAGGUAUAAAACAACUGUAGACUGCUGCCAAGAUGGACACCUGUUGUUUUUAACGUAAUCUACGUAAUCAUGUUUGCAUACGCCGUUUUGUGGUCACUGCCAUCUGCUUUACAGAGCCUAUAACGCCUGCGCACAAGCACUCAGUGCGCACUGGAGCAAGCGCAAGCAGGACAAUGUCAUCACGUCAGCCAGAUGAUUGGCAGGCAAUGGAUGAAUAUUAAAUGUUCAUAUUUCCGGCUGUGAGGGAUGAAGAAAAAAACGGCCUCGAAGACAAUUACUGGAAAAAUCAUUGGAAGUUGCUGAGGGGAGGACGACUCAUGAUAAUGGCCGGAACAGAGCAAAUACCAUUCCACUCAUUCCGCUCCAGCCAUUGCCACGAGCCCAUCCUCCCCAGUUAAGGUGCCGCCAACCUCAUGUGAAUUCAAUGGAUAUGUUAGCAACAAAGGUGAUAACAAAAGUGUCAUUUUAGGAAUAGGGUCGUCUAUGGGAAUUGUCCUUUUGGUUUAGGCUUUAGCUAAACUGCAGUACCAAAAGUGCCCUCUGAGCAGUGUUCCAAACAAGAACCGUGGCCCCCAGACUCGCCGCUGCCCACAAUGAUGACAGUAGUCCAACUUGUAGGUCAAGUCUUUCCCAAACUUGGUCCUGUGCCAAGUUUGGGAAAGACUUGAUCUACACAAUAUAAAUGCUACUGGUGUGAACCAGAUGAACUACUGCCAUCAUUGCGGGCGGCGGCGAGUCUGAUCAUCAGACCAAUCAACGAUUCAGAACUUUCUGAGAUCAACCAGCUCGGGGACCUGCUGCUCUAUUAUUGCACAUGAGUUUUUAACUACAAUGUUUUGUCCUAUCUGUUAUUUGUGUAACUUUGUCCAAAGGCUGGCAUGUCCGAUGAAUUUAUGAUUUGUGCCUUUAGUAGGUUACUGCCUAGCCUGCGUUGUGUAGCAUUCAACUGAAAUGUGUCUUCCGCAUUUAACCCAACCCCUCGAUUAAGGCAACGGGGGGCUGCCUUCAUCAACAUCCAUGUCAUGGGCGCCUGGGGAACAGUGCAUGUUGUUGUUGUUUUGUUUUAUGAGGACCACAAUGGAAAUACGUUUUAACUUUUUAUUUAAAUGCAUUAAUCCACAUGCAUGGUUGUAUUGUGUUUUUAAAUUGUCAAAUAACAAAACAAUUAAAAGUUAAUUGAUGUUAUAAGAAGCUA